CGAGUUGAAAUAAUUCUCCUCGGCCUUCUUUCAGUUCUGCGUCAGGAUGUUGCAGACGUUUCCCGGAGCGUUGCUAUCCCCCACUUGAUGAAAAGAACUACAGAGCAGUCAACAAAUUGACCAGUGACAAAAAAAAUGAGUAAACAUUUAUAUUAACUGUCAUUCGACGUGUUAAAUAGGAACCACACACAUCUUGCUUAUGUCUGACUCCACCUGUUUGUAUUCAAUUGUGUAAGACGCCCAAAAAAUACACAUAAAUACGAAGGCUCUUUUGAGCGAGGUGUCUAGUACUGCGUGAGAGGACGUCUUCCCGUUUUUCAGACGAGUAAGUGAACGCAGCAGUAGCUCAUUUGCGCGCCAUGGACGCGCAAAUGACGCGAAAGGAGGCUCCUGGAAAAAAAGAAGAAAAAAAAGAAAAUGCAUCUGAGUGGGCGGGACAUCAGAUCCCUCUGUGUGACUUCUUAUCUUUUACCUUCACGGUUCGGCGACGCUCUUCUCUCUUCUGUCCGGCUCCGAGCUGAGUGAACCGUCUCCAAGGGCAGCCUUUCUGCACGUCCAGUUUGAAAAAAUCCAACUCUUGAUCCACAAUGGCAGCGAUCGGAAACCGUGGAACAGUGACCGAGGCGACGGGUUUCGACCCAGAAGCUGAUGCCCAGAGGCUCAGAGGAGCCAUGAAGGGAGUUGGCACUGAUGAGGCAGCAGUCAUCGAAGUCCUAGCGCACCGUACCAUUGCCCAGAGGCAGCGCAUCAAAGAGGCCUACAAACAAGCAGUUGGCAAGGACCUGGCCGAUGAGCUGUCCACGGAGCUGAGUGGCAACUUCUGCAGUGUGGUUCUAGGCCUGCUGAUGCUGGCCCCCGUGUACGAUGCCUACGAGCUGAGGAAUGCAAUGAAGGGGGCUGGAACAGAAGAGGCCGGUCUCAUCGAUAUUCUCGCUUCAAGGACAAACGCCGAAAUAAAAACCAUCAAUGCGUUCUACAAGAAAGAAUACGAGAAAGACCUGGAAGACGCCGUGUGUGGGGACACGUCUGGAAUGUUUCAGAGAGUCUUGGUCUCUUUGCUCACAGCAGGACGGGAUGAAAGCAAUAAGGUGGACGAGGCCCAGGCUGUUCAAGAUGCCAAGGAUAUCUAUGAGGCUGGCGAGGCUCGAUGGGGCACGGACGAGGUCAAAUUCCUCACGGUGCUUUGUGUGAGGAACCAAAACCAUCUGAUGCGAGUGUUCGACGAAUAUCAGAAGGUUUCUGGGAGGGACAUUGAGGACAGCAUUAAGAGGGAGAUGUCUGGCUGUCUGGAGGAAGCCUUCCUGGCCAUAGUGAAAUGCAUGAAGAGCAAGCCAGCGUUCUUUGCAGAGCGGUUGUACAAAUCGAUGAAGGGGCUGGGCACCACGGAUAGUGUCCUCAUCAGAAUUAUGGUUGCCAGGGCUGAGAUUGACAUGUUGGACAUUAAGGCACAGUUCCUGAAGAUGUAUGGCAAGACUCUCUACUCCUUCAUCAAGGGGGACACAUCUGGCGACUACCGCAAAAUCCUGCUGGAGCUGUGCGGAGGCGAGUAAAAGAAACACCAGAGCAACAUCCAGCUCUGUCUUCAUUCUGCAGACCACAUCAUGAGCUCUUUUUUCUCUUCAUCCUUUUUUUCACAUACUUUUCUUUACAUUUCACUUACUGUUUGUAAUAACCAUUAAACCACUUUUUUUUUUCUUUUA